GACUCUUAUGGUUAGGAACUUGAUUUAUUUUGCUUCUGAGCGUCUCGUUUCAGUUUCUGUUUAUGAAGGGUCUAUACUCUAUUUGCUAAAAUCGCGGACAUCAUAUUCUUCUGUUUUGAUUACUUGUCCUAACGGCGGACGCUGCUUAAUUUUUAUUUUGCAGUACAUUACGUAUAAAUCAUAAACUGCGAAAAUGAGUGUUAACAGUAUGGGUAUGGUGACCACCUUGUACAACAUCGAAGUGCCAAAAAAUAUAUUCAAGAGAGUCCAGCAAUGGGGAGUGAUGGCGCGGCAAUGGUGGCUGUAUGAUGCAUACGGACAAGACGUAUUUCGGUCCGCACUUCAAGUUCGGCCUUAUCUCCAAGGAAAACACAAGCCGUAUUAUGUCGCGCUCGGUGACCACGGAGACCAUGUGGUCGUCGUGAACGCCAAGCACAUCACUAUGGAGCACGAUCUGUGGGAACGAGUGGAAUAUUAUCACCAUACUGGAUAUCCUGGAGGAGCGGUAUGGACACCGGCUUGGAAACUCCAUCAGGAGAAUCCCACGGAAAUGUUUCGGCGUAAUCUUCGAAGAAAAAUUAAGGGGAACAGAUUGAGAGAUGAAUAUAUGGCCCGAUUGCAUGUUUAUCCGGAACUGGACGUACCGGAGCAUAUCAUGAAGAAUGUUUCUGCACAAAUACGGCAAAUACAGUUCGUACCAAAGAAACUGCAUGAAUAUUCCGAAGAAGAAAGGAACAAUUUUCCACGUUUAUUUUCCUAUCCGAAAGACUUUGUCAUCGAAGGAGAUGUUCCUACUGUUAUGCCAGUAGAAACACCCAAGAAAAAUUAAGGAAAAAAUUCAGACCUUCAGAAUUACAUUUGACUUUUCAGCAAUACCUUUUGUGUGUACAGACUACAGAUGGUGGCACAUUCAGCACUGCUAUUGGCGAUGAAGCAGUAAGAUUUUUUUUGCUGCAUGUUUGAAAUGUUAAGAGUUUUUGGUAGAGAAUGUGCAACAGAAAUGCGGUGGCAGAUACAUACAGUAAUAUUGUAUCCCACCAGCAUAUAAUAUUAUGCGUUUAUGUACGUAGUACAUCUAAAAUACAAAUGCAACCUCAUGAUUCACAUCUUAAAUUUUAGCAUUUGUCAGUAAAAGAAUUAGAGUGCUGUAGUGCCUAAAGAUUUGGCCGGCAAUAUUAUUGACCUUCUGGUCUCACCUUUGUACAAA